AUGCUGCAGCCCCAAUCGAAGAGCCCCAAGCAGAUCGAGAAUGAGGAGCGCGUCCAAGCACGCGAGGCGCUCCAGCAGCGGACCAAGGAGUUAGCGAGGAAGCGGGCGGUGAGCCAAUUCCGAGAACUGCUCCGUCAUCGAUAUGGGAGCGUCGUGGCGGGCUGGCGCCAGGCGUUGGACAUCGAUGGCGAGGGCGACGUGACCUGGGAAGCCUUCGAAGAUGCUGCCAAGACCUUGCAGUUUACGGGCGAUAAGGAUGGCCUGUGGGAGGAGCUGGUCGAGGAGCACGAGGAGACCCUGACACUCGAAAGACUCGAGCCUGCGGUAGUGGAGGCAAAGGCUAGCUUUUUGCACGCCUGCGCGGAUAGAUACGGUUCUGUGGAGAAGGCUUUCUGGGAGAUGGAGUUGGAGACUAAGCCCUUGGUCUCGCACGACGAUUUCAAUCGCCUGUGCAUCGAGAUCAACAUGCAGAAGAACCGAAGACUUCUUUUCGAAUACGUGGAUCUGAAAGGACUCGGAAUGAUCUCCCUGGAGACGUUGGAUGCAGAUGCCUGCAAAAACGUCUUCGGAAAGAUUGCUUGCAAAGAAGCUCAGGCGCAGCUUGCCGAAAGGUCGCCGGAAAAGAAGGAACGCAAGACCAUCCACCGCCGUGCGGUGGAGCAGUGUGCCCUGACCCACCGGGCUCCCGAAGAGCUGCGGCAGCGACGGCAGGAGAUUGUGGAGCUGCUCGAGGCACGGUUCGACUCCCCGGUACGUGCUUGGGCGAACUUGCUGGACCUCCACGCAAAGGGGAAGCUGAAGAGGCGGGAGUUCCAGACUAGCAUGUCCGUCCUGGGCUAUGCCGGGAACGUGAAGAAGCUCUGGGAAGAGAUGGGCUUGAAACCCAAGCAGUCUGUCAGGUUUAAAGACCUCUGUCCCGAAGUGAUAGAUGAGAUCCGGGAAUUCAAAAAUAUGGCCGGGAAGAAGAUCAUCACUUUGAUCCAGGUCUCUGAGGUGGCAGCAGGCCCCGGAAAAAGUAAGAAGGCGGGCGUGCCUGUGGACACCGACGAGUACUACAAGGUAAUCGACGCCAUUGAUUACCCCGGUGAUGCAGAAAGGCUCUUGAGGCAUCUCGAUCCCGGCAAUAUGGGCUAUGUGAACACCCGAACCCUGCGCAUUCUCAACGAGCAGAAGAGCGAGGAGAAGGCUGUCCCGCAGUACUUGAAGAAGUACCGCGAAAACAAACAGACGCAGCUGGAGCAAAAGAUCGCCUCUGUUAUUAUGCCGCCUGUGCGGGAGCUGCUGGCGAAGCAGGACUCCGUCCGGGAAAGCUCCCUCGAGGAGUGGAGCAGCAAGAAGGAGGUCCGAGAUGCGCGGGAGAACUUCAUCCGCGCACUUACAGACAAGUUCGGCAGCCUCGCGAAAGCCUGGCGCUUAGCCUUGGACCCGGAGCUGAAACUGGUCAUCGAGAAUGUGGACCAGCUGAUGAAAGGACUUCGGCGAUCCGGGCAGAUGCCUGACGGUGGCGAGCAUGCCCUCAGGCUAAAAGCCGAAAAGAUCUUCCAGGCUUGCCAGAACAAAGAGACCGAACAGAUUGCGCUGGAGGACUUGGACCCGCGUACCCCGGCCAUGCUCGAGAAGUUCAAGGAUCUGUGCGAACAUCGCUUCGGCAGUCUCCAAGACGCUUUCGAAGCGAUUGACGUGGAAGGAGUCGGGAUCAUCACCCGAGAGGACUUCCGCCAACUCUGCCACGAGAUCAAGCUGACGGAUGGCAUGUUCCGGCUGCUCGAAUUUCUCGAUCCCAAGAGGACUGGCGAAGUUCGCCUCUCACUGAUUGACCGGGAAGUGGCGGAGGAUGCCAUGAAGUCCACGAAGACCCGGCUCAUGAUACAGCAGCAGAAGUCAAGCUUGCAGGAGCAACCCGAUGGCGUCGCAUUCGGGGCCGAGCAUGCAGCACAGGAGCGUGCCAAGCGCCCAGGGAAGAAGGCAAUUCUGGAGGUCCGUCGUCGCCUGGUGAAAAGGUUCGGCACCAUUACGCGCGCAUGGAAAAAGGUGCAGGGCAAGGCAAACAAGGAGAUUGGGCGUGAUGGUUGGCUCAGCUUCUUCGAGGAGGUGGGCAUGCAGAACCAAGACGCCCACAAGGCUUGGGAGCUGCUCCCCGUGGAGGAAGACAAGCUGUCGCUGACCCUGUUCGAACCUGGCAUCGGCAGGGAUCUCGAGGCCUUCCAUCAGAAGAUCGUUGAGCGCUUCCGCAGCGCCAAAAACAUGAUGCUGAAGAUGCGCGACGGCGGAGCUACGCUGGACAAGAAGCGGUUCUUGGAGGUCUGCUACGAGUGCCAAACUACGGGCAACGAGAAUCGUCUGUUUGAGUACCUGGAGGAAGACGGCGAGGUGAACUUCGAGAGAAUCGAUGAGAAGGCUGGCGCAGAAGUUAAAGAGCUCAUUGCGCAGGAGGAGGCCAAACGAAAGGAGGAAGAGAAGAGGGCUGCCCGAAGAGAACGCAUGCAGAGGAAGAAGGAGAAGGAGAGAGAGCAGAAGAAGGCUCGGGCUGCAGCCAAGGACGGCGACAGUGCCUCUGAUGGGGGCAGUCCGAGAAGUGCUCCCCAGUCGCCCAAAGGAGGCAGCUCACCGAACAGCCGCGUGCCAUCUCCAGUGCUCGGCUCAGAUUUUGGCCUGUUGAAUCUUUUGAGGCUUACGUUUUCAGGGCAAAGGAUGUGGGGAGAGCAGAGCUACAUAGUUGGCAGUGACAGAGGCUUCAUGCAGUUUCCUGUCCCGCUCUAUGAUGUACCCACGGACUCGACAGGAACUUUGUCAUCUCACUAUUUGCUGAGAAUCUCUGUCGUCCAACCGCCCCUGGUCAUAAUGUAG